AUGAAUCACAAUAGAAAGAAUUCCAUCACUUCUAUCUCCACCACCGGCAGCAUGUCCCAGCCCAGCUUUUCCCCAUCCUCCAUGAGAUCCAUGUCGACGAAUCAGAUCAUGACCAUUGAUAAUAAAUUCACCAGAAACAAGAGGAAGUCCAAUAAUCAUUUACCACAGCAGAAACCUCCAAAUCAGAAGGUGGUACUGGGUCAGAAAAUGAUGCUGCUGAGUUACCAGGGUCAGCCGGGUCAACCAGGACAGUUCCCUGGCCAGCCAGCACACUUUCAAGGACAACCUCAGUUCCAGGGCCAACCAGGACAAUUCCAGGGCCCACCAGGUCAAUAUCAAGGACAACCAGGACAAUACCAAGGACAAGCUUCUAAACCUAGAAGUCCUAAUCCCAACGAGUUCCACAAAAACCAAGGUACUUACUAUUUCCCCAAUGGUGAGAUCUUCAGACCAAGAAUCAGUCCUGCCAGAAGAAACAGACCAAGCAAAAUCAACUAUGUUCCACAAGUCAAUAACAGACCUCCUAUGGGACAAAGCAGAGAUGUUACUCAACAAAGACACGAGCAAAGUCCCGGUGGUCCUAUAAGGAAUAAAUCAUUUCCUGUUCCUUCGUCAACACAUCCUGAAUUACCACGGUCUCAAUCAUCUUCUAACGUUAAGACUCAAAUGUUUCAACAACAUUUGAACCAUCAGAUGCAAAUGAACCAACCAGGGAAGUUACCUCAACAAUAUUCAUCACAAUAUCAACAAUUCCAGAACCUCCAAGGUCAAGGACAACCACAUUCUGGCCACCCUCAUGGUCAACAUCCUCAAUACCCAAGUCCACAUCCUAAUCAAAACCAUUUCCAAGCUCCCAAUGGUAUUCUUCCCUACGAGGCCUAUCAACAGUUAUCGAAUAACUCAUCGUCCACGAGUCUCAAGAACUUACAAUCCAACAAUCUCAUUAAAUCGUCCAUGAACAACUCCGAUCCUUCGUUGAAGAAGAGUACCAGCUCCGAAAGAAGUACCACCAAUACCCCUCAGACUUCCAUCACCAACUCUAUUGAUGAGAAGUACGUGGAGAUUCUUAGGGACGAUUUCGAUGAUAUCAAAGAGGUUAGCGAGAAGACUCCUGAAGUGAAGAUUCCUGAGAUCAAGAGUCCUAUCAAGACCCCUGAACCAAGGUCAGUAGAAGAGUUCUCCACUCCAACCACAGAAGUUUUUGUUACACCUGACAGUUCGCCUGUUCAGUCCAAGAUCAGUUUGGAUGAGGUGAUCAGAAAGAAUGAGGAAAUGCAUGAGUUAGUACAGAAGGAGUUAGCUGAACAACUGGUUGAAGAGUCUGAAGUCGAAGGAGCUCCAUCUUUAAGAGAAGCUCCAUCUUUGGUUGCACCUUCUUCAGAAGAAGCUCCAUCCUUAGCAGUCCAACAACAAGUAGAAGCAGAACCAACUCCAGAGCCAUUGAAACAGUCUCUUGAACAAACCCUUCCAAUCUUGAACGAUUACCCAGCUCAUGAUUCUACUGAAUCUUCCCCCAACUCAUUACCAGAAUCAUCACCUUCACCUCAUUCAGUGGAGCAAGUGAUCCUUUUAACUCCAAAGAAAGAGUUCAGAAACGACCAAUCGUCAUCUUCCACGGUUAAAUCUUUCCCUUCACCUUCUUCCAGUCAAUCUUAUGAUGACGACUUGAUCAAUGAGUACCGUGAAAGUCCUAUCAAGCCCAGUAACUAUAAGUCACAAACGUUCAUUGACACUGAUGAAAAAGUUGAACGAGAAUACACCAAGCUACUUGAGGAUGAACAACAAGUUCCUAAAAGAGGUGAUAUCAAUUUCUAUGAAGACAGAAUCACCAAACACACUCGAGCCUCCCUGAACUCCUACAAGGAAGAAGAUGACUUACCUUUACCAACUAUCAAGUAUAGUGAUAAAGAGUUGAAAUUGCCUAAGACUCCUGUUGAUCGGGAUGUCGAGUCAACUUCGAGUGUUGAGGACGUGGUGAAGCCUGAUUUGAUGCCUGUUGAAACAGAAUCGGUGUACUCUGAUGAUAGUUAUGCAGAAGGAGACGAAGUGAUUUUGACUGAAGAUGUACCUGGGGCUGCCGGACAAGAGGCUGUUGUACCAGAUACUGUUGUACCCGAGACUGUCGCACCAGAGACUGUCGCACCAGAAGAAGCUGUGGUUACAGAGAAGGUGAGUGAAAAAGAGGUGGAUAUUCCAGAAAUUGAAGGUACUGAGACUGAAGAGCCUCUUGUAGCUUCCCCAGUCGAAGCAGUUCAAAAGCCUGUUGAAGUUAAUGGACCAGUGCAAGUUUCUGAAACCUCCCAGCCAAAAGAAGUCACAGAGUCUACCGUUGACUCUAAAACUGAACAGGCCGCUAUAGUACCACCCAAACCUAAAUCCAUGUUGGACGUAGUUGAUAAGCCAGCCGCCAAACCUAAAUCGAUGUUGGAUGUGGUAGAUGUCAAUCCAAAGGUCAAGGAUGUCAAACCUAAAGACACCAAGCAAGACACCAAAUCUAGCAAAAUCACAGACAAAUCCACCAAAUCUCCCACUCCAGUCAAAGACUCACCAAAGACAAAAUCUGAUUUCAAAGAAAAAUUCAAAUCCAAAGACAUCCCAUUAAACUUGAAGUUAUCACCCAAGAAACUCAACUCGAUCUCCAGAUUAAGAAAGAAGCCUCCUUCAUCAAGUCCUUUAAUCGAGAGAUUUCUCGACCAAAAGAAAGAAGAACAAAAGAAAGAGUCCAAACUUGAUUUGUUCUUGCUUCCCGAAACAUCUCAAAAGAGUAAAUCGGACGACACCCAAAAGAGUAACUCCGAGAAAUCAUUACCUUCAGUUCCUGAAUCCAAAACUUCAAAAUGGAAGAAAGUGUUCAAGAAAUCCGAAGAAGAAGAUUCAAAAUCAAUUCAUUCAGAAAGUUCCAAGAAGGAUUUGAAAGAGAAAUUGAAGAAACUGAAAAGAUCAUUUUCUUAUAAGAAUCUUCGUCUCAAGAAGGAAGAACAACCUCCUUUACCUGAUUUAUCUUUCGAACCCGACAAUUUGACUAGUCUUGAAGUAUUAUCAUCUCCUGAAAACAACCUUUAUUCCAAUCUUGAUGAUAUGGAUGUUGUUUUACCAACCAUUGAAACUGAUGAUAAUUUAUUUGAUGAUAUGUUACAUCAAUUUGAUGAGAAAAUGGAAACUGUUGGUCGUAAGAACACCAUCAAACCUGUCAAACUUAUAGAUCCGUUCUUAAAAGAUGAUGAAUUAACAAAAGAUCAAAUUAAAGACCAACAAAUCAUGGAUGAAGAGAUUUUAACCCAUCAUAAGAAUCUUAGUGAUGAAUAUAUUGAUGAUAACUUGAAGUAUUUGAAAGAUGAGUUUGUUUACUUGGAUAAUGACAUGAAAUCCUUCAACGAAGUUAAAUCCAUUACCAGUGAACAUGAAGAGGAACAACUAAUUGGUGGAGCAGAAGAUUCCUUCACCAUCGAUAAUGAACAAUUGAAUAAUCUUUUCAAUAAUAUCAAUGACUCCCAAAAGAGGAUCUUACCUAUGCAUUUAAGAUAUAUCAAACAGUUCAAGGAUUUCCAACAAUUGGAAAUCAAAACCAAGAAAUUUGAGAUUUUGACCCAAAGGGCCAAAAAACCCGAGAUCUUGACCGUUGAACCUGCUAUAUCCAAGAGAACAAAGACCUCUUCCAAUAAAAGAGUUCAGUUCUCUCAUAAGAUCUUUGUCAAUGAAACAUUUUCCCCUGAUACUUAUUCCAGAUACAACAAGAAAGUCACUCAGUAUACCUUGACUGAACCGGUAGAAAUUGCCAGAAUCAAGAAUGAAUUGAAUGAUUAUAAAUGUAAUGAGAUGUUGGUUCAUGAGAGAUCUCAGAACAAUACUCAUUUCUUUUACUAG